AUGAAAAACGAUUAAAAAAAGAAAGGAAGUUAAAAAUAAAAUAAAUAAUAACAAAGUGUUUCUCCUAUAAAACAAGAAAGAUAUUGUCUAUAAGAUUAAGAAAAUAAACUUAAUUUAUGUAAUUAUACCUCAAAUUAACUAAUAAAUUAAAAACAAUAUAAAAGAUAUGAUAAUCUAUUAAAAGUAUAGAACAAUGGAAAGCUAUCUGACAAGUUUAAUAAUAAUUAAUAAACUCAAGAAACUCAAUAUAAUUUUAUUAAUCUUCCUUAUGAACUACAUUUCAUAAUACUUUCUUUUCUUAAAGCUUCUGAUAUAUAUCUAAACGUUAUUAGAGUAAACAAAUAUUUCAAUCAGUUUUCUACAGACACUAAGCUAUGGAAAUAUUUAGGAAAGUUUUAAGCAUUUAGUGUUAACGAAAAAUAUUAAAAAUAAUAAGUUGUUGUAGAAAGAAGGUCUAAAGGAAAACUUUUUAAAGGUUUUUCACGUAUAGAUGGAUAAUAAGUUAUGAUAAGAAAAAUAAAUGUACUUGUAAGUAAUGCUGGAUAAGAUGAUGGAAUUCCUACAAGUAUUUUAAGAGAAUUAAGUUAUUUAUAAAACUUAGAUCAUCCCAAUAUAAAUUAGUAUUUUAUUUUUUUUAAAAAUAAAAAUUAUUUAAAAAAAAAAAGAAUAGUAUGUGCAGAAGUACAAAAUGAAUUUGUCUAAAUAGUAAAUGAAUAACAAAAAUAUAAUUUAAAAGGAUAUUUAAAAAACUGUGCUAAGCUAUCAGAACCUUAAAAAGUUGAAUCAAAUAAAGAGAUUAAUAAUUAAUUAUCAUACAAUAUUCCAUUAAAAGUAUUAAAAAGUUUAUCAUAUUAAAUUCUUUAAGGAUUAAACUACCUUCAUCAUAAUGGAAUAAUUCAUCGUAACUUAAAGGUUGAUAACAUACUACUUACAGAAGAAAGUUUAAUAAAAAUAGCAGAUUUUGCCCUUUCAAAACAUGUAUAAAUACCUCAUAUUCCCUACACACCUGAAGAUCCAAAAGACAGAGAAAGAUCAGGAAGGGAGGCUCGUAGAUUAUGGUAUAGAGCUCCUGAAUUAUUAUUAAGAAAAAGCUCAUAUUCUUAAGAAAUUGAUAUUUGGGCUUUUGGAUGCUUAUUAGCAGAAAUAGCCUUAAAUGAACCUUUAUUUUAAGGGGAUUCUGAAAUCGAAUAACUUUUUAAAAUUUUUAGAUUUUUGGGUUCUCCAAAUGAAAAUAUAUUAAAUUUAAUGUGCGAUAAUAGCUUGGAUUAUAAAAAAGCUUUCCCUAAAUGGGAAGAAAUUGACAUGAAUGCAAUUUUCGCUCCAACUAAAAGAAAUAUACUAGGUAUUUAAGGAAUAGAUUUAUUAUCUUAAUUACUUAAACUUAAUCCUUAUGAAAGAAUUUCAGCUGAAAGUGCAUUAAAUCAUCCUUUUUUUGAUGAUAUUAAAUUACCUACUAUUAAUUCUUUAAAUAAAUUGUCUAAGUAUUAUAUAUCUUCUAUUUAUAAAAAUUAUAAGGAUAAAAUAUUUAAAUGCUCUAUUAAAUGUAUAAUAAUUUAAAAAAAUGCGGAAGAAAAAUUAAAAGUUGAUUUUAAUUAUAUGCAAAAAUAAAGUUUCAUUAAUGAAAAUAUGAGGCUUAUUUUGGUUGAUUGGCUUAUAGAUGUGAGUGUACACUUUGAAGUUUAGGAUGAAACUCUUCAUUAUUGUAUAUCAUUUAUUGAUAGAGUUUUAUCCUCAAUGAAUGUUUAAAAAUAAAAACUUUAAUUAGUUGGAGUCUGUUGUAUGAAAAUAGCUGAGUAUAUAUAUAAUUAUUUUUUACAUAUAUUUUUUAUAAUAUUAAUAUUUUUUAGUGUUUUUAAUGAAAGAUCUAAAGAAUAUUAUAAAUAAGAAAACGCUUUAGAAUAUGCUUAUAUUACUGCUGAUGAAUACAAUCCAUAUUAAUUAAUAGAAAUGGAAAAAGAAAUAUUAAAAAUAUUAAACUUUUAGUUAAAUUCUGGUACUGUCGCUCAUUUUAUGAAAGUUAUAUAUACCCUUCUUAAUGUUCCACAUAAAGUUUUUAUUUUGGGAAUGUUUAUUGCUGAUUUAAUUCUUUUGAAUUAUUCUUGUUUAAAAUAUAAAUAAAGUCUUUUAGCUAGUUCUUGUUUGUUUAUAGCUUUUAUGAAGUACAAAAAUGAAAUUUAAUUUUAAAUUAAAAGAAUUGAUUUUUUAAAUAAUUAUAGUGUAGAUGAAUUUUAAUAAUGUGUUAUUUUUAUUAAAAAUUUUUGGAAAUAUUUCAAAAGUGAUACAGAUACUAUUAGUUAUGAGUCUGUUUUUAGUAAAUAUUAAAUUGUUUAUAAAUUAGAUGCCAAAAAUAUGCAUAUACCUGAUAUCACUAAUUAAGAUUUUAAAAAUUGGAUUUAUUAUACUAAUUGA